CAAGCUCUGGGUGGCAGAAGAAGCAGGCCAGGGGAGAGAGGCUUUUUCUCUUUACUGACUCCUAAUAUACUGUAACAUUCUUAAUGCUGUAAGCUUCAAAUUUAAGGCAACUACACAUUAGACUUUUAGUCAUAACAGUUAGAUUUUAAAUAUAACAGUUUGGCGACAACCCAGGGACUCCAACCCUCAAUCUUCUGAUAUUCCAGUUGGCUGCAGUAUCCCAAGCUUCAGAAGUUGCAGGUGGUCAGCUUGCAGACAACCAAAGCCUAUUCCAAGGAGAGAGCCUGGAGCCAGAGGGAAUGGCCCCUGGCACCCAGAGACCCUCAUCCCAGGAGUUGGUGACAUUCCAGGAUGUGGUUGUGGAUUUCACCAGGGAGGAGUGGUGCCUCUUGGACCAUUGUCAGAAAGAGCUCUACAAGGAGGUCAUGCUGGAGAAUGUCCAGAACCUGCUUUCUGUGGUGCAGAUGUUGGUAAAGGAAGAGAAUGGAAUAAGAAUUCAUAAGGGAAUGAGCAGUCUUGCUGCACAUCAAAGAAUUGACCCUGGAGAGAAACCUUAUGGUUGUAAUAAAUGUGGAAAAGCUUUCACAGUACGAUCCAGUCUUGCAGCACAUCAGAGAAUCCAUACUGGAGAGAAACCUUAUGGCUGUAAUCAAUGUGGAAAGACUUUCACAUUCAGUUUCAGUCUUGUUGCACAUCAGAGAAUCCACACUGGAGAGAAACCUUAUGAAUGUAAUCAUUGUGGAAAGGGUUUCACACAGAAAUCACAUCUUGCUGUACAUCAGAGAAUCCACACUGGAGAGAAACCUUAUAAAUGUAAUCAGUGUGGAAAGGCUUUCAUUGAGAGCUCCCGUCUUGCUGCACAUCAGAGAAUCCACACUGGAGAGAAACCUUAUGAAUGUAAUCAGUGCGGAAAGGCUUUCACACAGAAAUCCACUCUUGUUGCACAUCAGAAAAUCCACACUGGAGAGAAACCUUAUGAAUGUAACCAUUGUGGAAAGGCCUUCACACAGAAAUCAAAUCUUGCUGAACAUCAGAGAAUCCACACUGGAGAGAAACCUUAUGAAUGUAACAAGUGUGGAAAGACUUUCACAUUCACUUGCAGUCUUUCUAUGCAUAGGAGAAUCCACACUACAAAGAAACCUUAUGAAUGUAAUCAGUGUGGAAAAGCUUUCACACAGAACUCAUAUCUUGCAGUACAUCAGAGAAUCCACACUGGAGAGAAACCUUAUGAAUGUAACCAGUGUGGAAAGACUUUCACAUUCAGUUACAGUCUUGCUAUGCAUAGGAGAACCCACAAUGGAGAGAAACCUUAUGAAUGUAAUCAGUGUGGAAAGGCUUUUACAGAGAGUUACACUCUUGCUAAGCAUAGGAGAAUCCACACUGGAGAGAAACCUUAUGAAUGUAAUCAGUGUGGAAAGGCCUUCACAGAGAAAUCACAUCUCGCUGCACAUCAGAGAAUCCACACAGGAGAGAAACCUUAUGAAUGUAGUCAUUGUGGAAAGUCCUUCACGCAGAAAUCAAAUCUUGCUGCACAUCAGAGAAUCCACACAGGAGAGAAACCUUAUGAAUGUAGUCAUUGUGGAAAGUCUUUCACACAGAAAUCAGCUCUUGCUGCACAUCAGAGAAUGCGCACUGGAAAGAAACAUCUUUAUGAAUGUAGCCAGUGUGGAAAGACUUUCACAUUCAGUUGCAGUCUUUCUAUGCAUAGGAGAAUCCACACUGCAGAGAAACCCUAUAAAUGUAAUCAGUGUGGAAAAGCUUUUACACAGAAGUCAUAUCUUGCAGCACAUCAGAGAAUCCACACUGGAGAGAAACCUUUUGGAUGUAAUCAAUGUGGAAAGACUUUCACUGAGAACUCCAGUCUUGCUAAGCAUAGGAGAAUCCACACUGGAGAGAAACCUUAUGAAUGUAAUCAGUGUGGAAAGGCUUUUACAGAGAGUUCCAGUCUUGCUAAGCAUAGGAGAAUCCACACUGGAGAGAAACCUUAUGAAUGCAAUCAUUGUGGAAAGGCCUUCACAGAGAAAUCACAUCUUGCAGCACAUCAGAGAAUACACACUGGAGAAAAACCUUAUGAAUGUAAUCAGUGUGGAAAAGCUUUCACACAUAUUUCAAAUCUUGCAGCACAUCAGAGAAUCCACACUGGAGAGAAACCUUAUGAAUGUAAUCAGUGUGGAAAAGCUUUCACACAGAACUCAUAUCUUGCAGCACAUCAGAGAAUCCACACUGGAGAGAAACCUUAUGAAUGCAAUCAGUGUGAAAAGACUUUCACAGAGAGUUCCAGUCUUGCUAAGCAUAGGAGAAUCCACACUGGAGAGAAACCUUAUGAAUGUAAUCAGUGUGGAAAGGCUUUUACACAGAACUCUCAACUUGUUGCACAUCAACGAAUCCACACUGGAGAGAAACCUUAUGAUUUUGAUCAGUGUGGAAAGAUUUUCCUGAAGAGUGCUAGUCUUGCUGCACAUCAGAGAAUUCACACUGGAGAGAAACCUUAUGGAUGUAAUCAGUGUGGAAAGACUUUCACAGAGAACUCACAUCUUGCAGCACAUCAGAGAAUCCACACUGGAAAGAACCCUUAAGGAUAUAAUCAGUGUGGAAAGGCUUUCAUAUAGAGUUCCCAUCUUGCUAAGCAUAGGAGAAUCCACAAUUGGAGAGAAACAUUAUGAAUGUAAUCAGUGUGGAAAGGCUUUUACACGGAACUCACAAGUUGCUGCACAUCAGAGAAUCCACACUAGAGAGAAACCUUAUGAGUGUAAUCAGUGUGGAAAGACUUUUACACAGAACUAACAACUUGUUAAACAUCAUUCAAUCCACAUUGGGAAGAAACCUUAUGGAUGUAACCAUUCUGAAAGGCUUUCACAUUGAGUUUCUGUCUUGCUGCACAUCAGAGAAUCUACCCUGGAUAGAAACCUUAUGAAUAUAAUCAGUGUGGAGGUUUUCAUACAGAACUCACAUCUUUCCGCACAUCAGGGAAUCCAUACUGCAAAGCAACACUGGGAAUAUAAUCAAUGUGACAAGACUUUGAGGCCAUAAUCUCUUAUUUCCCAUCUGAGAAUUCCUAUUGAGUAGAAAUCUUUUCCCUGUGACAAAUAAGGAAGUGCAUUCAGUAGUUGUUUAGAGCUUGUUCAAAAUUAGAUAAUUCUUUUUUUUUGGGGGCAGGUCAGUAAGGGUUAAGUCACUUGCCCUGGGUCACACAGCUAGUGUGAUGUGUCUGAGGCUGGAUUUGAACUCAGGUCCUCCUGAAUCCAAGGCCAGUGCUUUAUCCACUGUGUCACCUACCUAACCCCCGAUAAUUCAUUUUUAUGAGCAGCUGUAUAUGAACUCAAUGUGGGAAUGCUUUCAGGCAGACAUCAUAUCCUUAUUAUCACUGUGGAGAAAAGACUUAACAAAUGUGCCCCAAGGCUAUUUGUCUGGAGGCUAGUGGUGAGUAGACAAAAUUGAUACUGGAGUGAAAGGGCUUAAAAGCAGUGUUUGUGGAAAGAGCUUCACCUAGAGCUCAUACUUGACUGUACUUUGGAACAGUCAUCCUGGAGAUAAGGCUUCCCCUGUUAAUUAAAUCUAAAUUUCAACCUUUUUAUAAAAUCCUAUAAAUGUAAUGAAUUUUCUGAAAUCCUGCUUUUUGUCAUUACUCCUCAAUAUUUUAUGGCAU